AUGCACCGACCCACCUUCAACAGUGGGCGCGACUACAAUGCCUUCAUCGGCGACUCCCUCGCACAGAAAAAAGCGUUUACCGAUACCUGGACCUGGGACACCGCCGCACAGGACACGCGUGCCGACAUCGAAAAACGUGCCUACACCAGUGACACCUACAAAGCACUUGAUAACUGCCUCAAAGGAAACGACUUAGUCCUGCAAAACGCUGUAUCUGGCAAUAGUGGCGCGAUGCGUGCCUACCUCACCUUCAUGGGACCCCGCCUUGCCGAGAUGCACCGAGUACUCACACCCACCGGCAGUAUCUACCUCCACUGCGAUCCGACAGCAAGCCAUUACCUUAAAGCGGUUCUGGACGCUGUCUUUGGCGUAGAUAAUUUCAGGAACGAGAUUAUCUGGCAACGUACCAACGCACAUAACGAUGGCAAUCAAUAUGGCAGGGUCCACGACACAAUUCUAUUCUAUAGCAAAAUCCGUGCCUUCUGCCACGUCAUGGAUCAGCACAAGGCCGAAGUCGGCAUCUUUAUCACCAUUGAACCUGUCACUGCAAAAAUGCGACAAGAGGCGCAGAGCAUGGGCAGUUUUGAGCACAACCGUCAAUCCUACCCUCGCCUCCAAUUCUGGCAGAUAGACGAUACCUACUUCGAGAACCCAGAUGUUAUCAACACCCUCGUCCGUUUACCUGAUGCGUGGCGGAUCCGUCCAACCCAGAAAUCAGAACGUCACUUCGACAACCAACAGAUGCAAUUCCUACGAGGAUAA